AUGGAAUCUUAUGGGCAAGCAGGAAAAGUCGCCGAGGAAGUAUUUGCUGCUUUUCGAACUGUAUUGGCCUUCAACGCACAAACUAGUGAGCAAACACGUCAUGUAAAACAAUCGACACAACAGUUUAAAUUUUCAACAAAACUAUCAGUUAGUGAAAACGACGUGAAACUAACAUCUGAUAAUCAAAUAAAAAUCACGUUUGACAAUGUCUCAUUUUCAUAUCCAAGUCGACAAGAAAAACCUGUCUUGAAUAACGUAUCAUUUACGGUUAGUGCUGGUAAAACAGUGGCAUUUGUAGGAAGUUCAGGAAGUGGUAAAAGUACAUGUGUUCAACUUCUGCUUCGUUUCUACGAAUUAACCAAUGGUCAAAUCACAAUCAAUGAUCGUAAUAUUGCCGAAUUUGACAUUUAUGAUUACAAUCAAGUUAUAGGAGUUGUCAGUCAAGAAGCAGUACUAUUUGCAACUUCAAUUCAAGAUAAUAUUCGUUUUGGUAAAAAAAAUGCAACACAAGACGAUGUUAUCAAAGCGGCUAAACAAGGUUAUGCUCAUGAUUUCAUCAUGAAAUUACCUCAAGGAUAUGACACUAUGGUUGGUGAACGUGGUGUUAAGCUAAGUGGUGGUCAACGGCAACGUAUCGCUUUAGCACGAGCUCUUAUUCGUGAACCGAACUUACUUAUUCUUGAUGAGGCAACGAGUGCACUUGAUGCUUCGAGUGAAAAGAUUGUACAACAAGCACUCGAACAAGCUUCCAAAGGUCGUCGUACCACCAUCGUUAUAGCUCAUCGACUCUCGACUAUACGUCAUGCUGAUUGGAUAGUAGUGAUGAAAGAUGGUGCAGUGAUAGAACAAGGUUCACAUGAGGAUCUUAUUGCUGCAAAUAAUGUAUACUGUGAUCUCUUCAAAAACUACCAAGGCGAAAACCUCAAUGUUCAAUCGUCAGAAGUAGUCAAUAUGCAAGAAUCCGAAGAGUUCUCAACUGAAAUCAUACGUGAUGAAGAGUUGAAUAGCAUUCGAACGAUGGAAAAAGAAGAAAAUGUAACAUCAUUUGAGACAGAAGAAACUGAACCUAUGAUCGAUGAGUCAUCUUUCGGUUCACUUCGUUCAUUGAUCAAUUUAUUGAAACUCAAUGGCCCUGAAUGGCCCUAUUUAAUUAUUGCUAGUCUGUUUACGAUAGCCUCAUGUGCAGUUAGUCCGGCAUUUUCUAUAUCCAUGGUCCAGGCUAUCAACGGAUUUAAUGAAUGUACUAUUUCUGCACAAAUGAAUAAAAUAUACAUUUUCACAUCCAUCAUAUUUGCAUUGGGUAUUGCUGCAGUUAUAUUCACAGUUAUCGCGCAAGGUUGUUUGUCGCUGGCUGGUGCACGCUUGACCAAUCGAUUACGUGCCAAAGCAUUUGGAUGCAUAUUGCGGCAAGAAGUCGGAUGGUUUGAUGAAGCUGAAAAUAGUAUCGGUUCGUUGUGCUCACGUCUUUCUACAGAUGCUCUUGAAAUUCAGAAGGUAUGUAUGGAAAUAUGGUUUUGA